AAGCAAGAAAAAAAAUGGCAAAAGAACUUCAAGAAUUAAUACAAAGAUGCCAAUUUCUUGAUGAAGAGAAUUUUAAAGGGGAAGAUUAUAAUCUUUUUCAAGUUGCUGGACAGAAGUGUUUCGAGGAAGGGAAUAUAGCUGAUGUAUUGGAAAUUGUACAAAAUGAAAAAAAUGUGCUGAAUUUUUUCACCUUACAGGUUAUUAUAAGAAAUAUGGGCUGGAGUCUUAUAGGACCUAUUCUCAGAUGUAUGCUGAAACAAGAGCAAGAUGAUGUUGAGAGACAAUAUUGUAUGAAAAUACUGGAUAAGUUGGUAGAAUUGUGCAGUGCAAAAGAGCUUAUAUUGGGCUUCCUGGAACAGAUUGAACAAGCUCCUAGGGAACAGACAUCCGCAGCUAUUUUACUUCUGCUUAAAUCCUUGCAAGAAGCACUUCUUAAACUUGAUACUAAGAAAGCCUAUUCAGUGGGGUUGUCACUGUCUACCAUUUUGAGCCAACUUUCCCUUCUCCCCAUUCCUUACACAAAAGAGCAACUGCAAAAAGACCAGCACGGGCUUUGCCAGUGCCUCAAUGCUCUACCACAGUUUGUCAGACCAUUUGUCCUUGAAAUUGUUCAACACAUGGAGACCAUAUCAGGUGGCAAUUGCAACGAUCUAAAGGAGGAACUACUAGGAUUUUGCCUGAAAAGUUUAAAAUAUCCAUUGCUAAUGGCAGAGCUUGAUCCAUUGCCUGAAGAGAUGGCUGAGAAUCCCCUAAGGCAGUUUGCAGCGGAGAUAGUUAGAAUUUUAGCAGAUAUUAGAGAAUUAUUUCCACAAGUGCGAUUUCAACCAGUAUGUAAAAGUGAAAACUGGGAUGAUGAAGACAUAUCAGAAAUGGACAAGCAACAAUCUUCAGAUGCUUUAGCAUGUCUAUCUUAUAUAGUAUUUGUUCAGGACUGCUUUGGUGUUGACUGCCUCCCAAUAGUUUUCAACCCAUCAUAUAUUUUGCAGUGCAAUAUGGUACAUAUUAGAGCUCUGUUGAAAAGGACAGAAGAACCUGUUUUAUUAAAAGGGCUUGCUCUUAUGGAAAACUGUCUCCUCAGAUUGGAAAAUAAUAGCCUUUUCCUUCAACAUUUGGAAUUUGAAGGCUGUAUUACAACACCUCAGGAUUUGGUCAAGAUUAUGACUCAAUGCCCUUUUGAAUCUCUGAGAAAGAAAAGUUUGAAGAUUUUGCAGCUGUAUUUAGAUAAGUUUGAUGAAGAGGGAAAAUACAUAUUAUUUAGAUGUUUAUUGAAGACGAGCAAUCAUUCUGGCGUGGAAGGACACAUUAUUCAGAAUAUUAAAAAUCAAAUUGAUUUGUCCUUAAAGAGGGAAGAAGGCAGCAAGUUUUUUACUGGACUCCAGCUGAUCUCUCUGUUGGACAUGGUGCUCUCACUUCCUGAAGGCGCUGAAACUGAUCUUCUGCAGCACUCAGACAGGAUAAUGGCCUCACUGAAUUUGCUGAGAUAUUUACUUAUUAAGGAUAAUGAAGAUGACAAUAAGACUUGUAUAUGGACAGAACUUUACAAGAUAGAGAGAAAUUUCUUGAAGCCUUUACACAUUGGACUUGAUAUGUCAAGAGCACACUAUGAAGCAGAAAUAAAAAGGAAGAAAGAAAAUAAAAUAGAGCCUCGCAGUUCUAAAAAGACCCGUUCUCAAUCGAUAGCUAAAGCAAAGAUGUCAGGAAUUACAAAGGAUAUGGAGCUUCAAGCUCUUCACUCUGCACUUUUCACGUUUGAUUUAAUGGAGAGUGUUCUGGCAAGGGUAGAAGAACUCAUGAAAACAAAGGCUGCAACUGAAGAAACCACUGGAAUCAAAUAAAAUCUUUAUUUCAGUAUUCCACUUAUCAAGACAGACUGACCGAAAUACAACAUAUGCCAAUUUUUUUUAAAAAAAGCAAAAGAAUAAUAAUUACAGACUUAUAGAUAAGUUUUAGAAUAUAUAUUUUCUCCUAAACCUUCAGAGGUUAGUCCCAGGAUUACAUUG